CUCAGGAGUGCCUGUGAAGAAAACAGGGUAUUUCCCUGAGGCCUGUCUCCUACCUUGAUUGUCUUUUCUUGGAGUAUUAUAAAUCAGGAUGUCUGCACAGUCAGUGGAAGAAGAUUCAAUACUUAUCAUCCCAACUCCAGAUGAAGAGGAAAAAAUUCUGAGGGUGAAGUUGGAGGAGGAUCCUGAUGGCGAAGAGGGGUCAAGUAUCCCUUGGAACCACCUCCCUGACCCGGAGGUUUUCCGACAGCGCUUCAGGCAGUUUGGAUACCAGGAUUCACCUGGGCCCCGUGAAGCUGUGAGCCAGCUUCGAGAACUUUGCCGUCUAUGGCUCAGGCCAGAGACACACACAAAAGAACAAAUCUUGGAGCUGGUAGUACUGGAGCAGUUUGUUGCCAUCCUGCCCAAGGAGCUACAGACUUGGGUUCGAGAGCAUCAUCCAGAGAAUGGAGAGGAGGCAGUGACCGUUCUAGAGGAUUUAGAGAGUGAGCUAGAUGACCCUGGACAGCCGGUUUCUCUUCGGCGACGAAAACGGGACGUGCUAGUAGAGGAGAUUGUAUCUCAAGAAGAAGCUCAGGGAUUACCAAGUUCUGAGCUUGAUGCUGUGGAAAACCAGCUCAAGUGGGCAUCCUGGGAGCUCCACUCCUUAAGGCACUGUGAUGAUGAUGCUAGGACUGAAAAUGGAGCACUUGCUCCAAAGCAGGAGAUUCCUUCAGCAGUAGAAUCUCAUGAAGCUCCUGGCACUCUCAAUAUAGGUGUUUCGCAGAUUUUUAAGUAUGGAGAAGCCUGUUUCCCCAAGGGCAGGUUUGAAAGAAAGAGAAAUCCCUCCCGAAAGAAACAACAUAUAUGUGAUGAAUGUGGAAAACACUUCAGUCAGGGCUCGGCCCUUAUUCUUCAUCAAAGAAUCCACAGUGGGGAGAAACCCUAUGGAUGUGUUGAAUGUGGGAAAGCAUUCAGCAGGAGUUCCAUCCUUGUGCAACACCAGAGAGUCCAUACUGGAGAAAAACCUUACAAAUGUCUUGAAUGUGGAAAAGCUUUUAGCCAGAAUUCUGGGCUUAUUAAUCAUCAGAGAAUCCAUACUGGGGAGAAACCUUAUGAAUGCGUUCAGUGUGGGAAAUCCUAUAGUCAAAGCUCAAAUCUUUUUAGACAUCAGCGAAGACACAAUGCAGAAAAACUUCUGAAUGUUGUGAAAGUUUAAGAAGUUAAAAAAAAAGAAAAUCAGCACUCAGGUCUUUUUCUUCUGAAAUGAAGACAAAAUUAAAAACAUGAAAUGAUACCUAAUAGUUUCCCUAUAGACUGUUAGAAAAUCCACUGGGAAAUGUAGAAAAUCUUCACCCACUCUUACUAUUUUAUCUUGAAAGAAAUGGUGUCAUACCUGCCUAGAAACUGAAAUUUUAAACUUAAUUCAGGUAUUAAUGCCUAAAUCUUCCAUGUGAUGUUUAUAUUCUUAUUAUUUUUCCAAAUGAACUACCUGAUCCUUUGUCCCCUUCUUAAAAGAUUCCUUCUUAGACAGAUAAAUUAUUUCUGUAUUGAUCAUUGAAAUGUCUUUGCAAGGAUACAUUCCCUUCUGUGUUAAAAAGCAACAUAGGAAUUAUAAAACCUGAACACUGAAACCUUUUUUCCAAAUUUACCUUUGUUUCCUUUCACCUAAUUUGAAUAUGCUUUUCAAAAAUAGAAGAUAAAGGAUGACCAAAAACCUCAAAGUGAAAUGAGCCUUAAAACUCAGAUAAGAAUUGAUGGUGAAAAAACAUGGAAAAGUGAAUGGGACACAUAUUCUGGGGAAGAUUGACAAAUACUUUGUUGCAAGAGUUGAAGUAUAUCAAAAAUUUACGUGUGAUUAUCUGCCUACAGGAGAACUCAAAAAUAGCUCAUCUUACCUACAAUUCGGAAGCAUCCCACUAAUGAAAAUAAUGUCCUCUCAUGUAUCAUUAGAAAGUGGACAGUCUAAAAGAUAAACAGUUGUAAAACCAUGAAGGUAAAAAUAUAACACUAGGGAAGAAUUUGUAGUGAAGGGCAGUGUUGAAGGGCAAAUGUAAACGAGAGUAAUGGUCUGUCUUGGCUUUUCGAAAACAAGAAGAUCCAAGUCGUUAUUAUUUUUCCUUUAUUUUUGUUGAGGACAGAAAAAUCCUUGACAGGCAACAAGUAAUCAGGUUUGUGAUUUUAUUCUUUUGGUACAAAAGGGUUGAACACAAGGCUAACAAAGCAGCCAUCCAUUUACAUUAAGCAUUUUCUACCGACAAGGCACUGUGCUAGGUACUGUAACCCUGCCAUAGUUAGGUAGGUAUUCCACUGUAAAUCUUUGGGGGUUUGGUACAAAGCUGUUUCAUGUGAGUUAGCCUCUUCCCCCUGUCUGAGCAGUCUUGGGGGAGGUCACCUCUGAGAUUCCUAGAGCCAUAGUUCUCUUACCAGGGUGUUGCAUUUGGGGAAAGGAAGACAGCUCAAAGAGCUAGCCGGCUCUCCAGCAAUCUUCAGAGGUGAGUCCAAGAUAACUGUCACAGUUUGGAGGUUUGUGGGUCUUUCUGAAAAAACUAAUCAAUAUCUAGUAGCAUUGAGGUUGUACUUACAUGGUAAGUUGAAUGGAUUGUUUAUUAAAGAGGAAAACUAGGUUAUUAACAACUAGUUUAUUAACUGUCAGAAUUGGUGGAACUUUUUUUUUAAGUCUUAACACAUUUUUUAAAAAAAUGUAUAAAAGUAAUAUGUUGUAGUAGUAGGAUUAUAUACUCUGGCUGAAAAUCCCAAGUACUGUGGUUUUGUUUAGUGGAAAACUCUGGAGGUUACAAUAUAGAAUAUGAGAAAAGGCUUUUUUAUAGUGGGCAUAAUCGUGUGGAAAAUGACCCAUGUGAAUAAAAAUACUCGUAGUUCCAGAGAUUUUGGUUACAUCUGGUGCUUGGAUCAAAUUUAAAAAUGGAAGGUGAGAUUUGCAUGAGGCUGUUAAAAAGCUUAGUAAUAAAUGCAAGGCCAGCUGGUGGAGAAGUGAGGUGGAAUGGAGCUUGUUUAUAGAUUUUCUGAUAACAAUUAAUUAUAAGAAAUGUGCUUUAUAGAUUAAGAUUUAUUGAAGUAUAAAUAUGUAGUAAUGAUAUAAUGUAUUUUAAGUUAUACAAGAAUAUGUAGGGACUUUUGUUGGGGUCUUUUUCUCUUUGUGGCUGAGAGGAAAUAAGUCAAUGUCCAAUAAAGCUAUAAAUUCCUCUGCUCUAAGGUAAAACAAUUUUGGGUUGAUUGAUUUAUUUAUUUUAACUGGCUUCUUUCCAAGUAGGUUUUGAGGUGCAUAUUUGGAAUACUGCUGGAAUAACAGAAUUCUUGUAUCAGAGUAGGUAAGAAGAGAGCAACCUCUUGGUGGCUAGAAUUUCACGCUUUUUUAGAUCUUACAUCUUCCCUGUGAUACAUAUGUCAUAAAUGCCAAAGAUGCUUGGUAUAAGUGAGAGCUUAGAAAAGUGUAAGAGUUGGCAAAUAUGAAUUUGUCUUGCCAUCUCUUGAUACCUGUGCAUUGUUUAGUAAGGAUUCUGAAGCUAAGGGAAGGCUCUGUGGGGAAAAUGGGCUGGGCCCAAAAAAACUGGUUGACUAUACACAUGAAGAGGAAGUGGUGGUCUUUGUACUUGCCAUCUCUGGUCAGGUUAAGUUCCUACUAGACUAGUUGAUUCAGAAUAACUAUUCAGUGAUUUAUGAUUUCAGCCAGACAUUAAUUUAUAUCCACACAGAUAAUCAUCGUUAGCAAAUCUAGGGGAUGCCCAGCCUCUGAUGAAGUGGUGAUCUGGCAGUUGCCAGGCUGUGGCAUCUGUUGGGCUAUCCAGUAAGCAGUCAUUGUUAAUGGUGUGCGGACUGCGGAUUCCUGUCCAGUAGCCACUGUGUGUUUGCUUGUUACUGCUAAAUUUUGGUUUUCUUGGAGGUUGAACUCCCCACAUUCACACCCAUUUGGCACUUGAUCAUUUAGCAGUAUGUCUAUUGCAUUUGUGUAAGGGAGGGUUAUAUGUUCUGAAAUAAUCUGCAUGCCAGGCAUUGAAUUAAACACUACACCUAUCUCAGAUUUGUAGACUAGAAAAGCAAAAUUUAGAGAUCAUGUGAUUUGCAUGUGCCCAUUUAGAGCUGAAACUUACACCUAUUUCUGUGAACUCCAGGGAUGUGUAUUUUUUCACCAUGCAAUGAAUGAAUGAUGACUGUUAAAACUUGAUUGAUAAAUUUUAUGCUUUUAUCUAUGGUUAAAUGUAAAAGCUAUUAAAAAAAGUUGGUUUUUCUACAGUAUGGAAACAUAAAGUGAAAAAGGUCAUUCCUUUAUGCAGUUUUAACUCAGAAGUAAUAAUUAUUUGGUUUGCUAUUCUUCCAGACUUAGGCAUAUACAUAUUUAAGCAAAAAUGUGUUUCUAGCUGACACUUGUGGUCAGUGAUACAGGCACUGUUGGAAGCGCUUUACCAUGGAUUAACUCUUAAUCCUCACAGCGACCAUAUGAGGUAGGUACAUAUCCCAGUUUCACAUGUACUGCACUGAAAAUUGCUUCCCCUCCCUCCCACUUUGAUGUAGACAUUGUCUUUUUAGGGCUACACACUGAUCUGUUGCAUCAAUAUGCUAUAAUUUAUUUAACCAACCCCUGUUGGUAGGUAGUUUGGUUAUUUCCAGUUUUUUGUUAUAAAGGUAGUGUUAACAUCCAUAUAUAUUUUGCUGCCUGUAUGGAUAUUUCUGUAGGGUAAAUUAUAAGUGGGUAUUUUGAGUCAGAAAAUGUGCACAUUUAACAUUUUGAGAAAUACUGUUAGAAAAGAUUGUACCAUUUUACAACUCCAUCAAUAGUUAGAGUGCCUAUUUGCUUACACUCCCAUCUACCCUGAAACUUCCAAUAUUUUUGCCACUCUUAAUAGGCAAAAAUGUAUCUUUUCUUUGUCAAUAAGGAGGAACAUUUUUUCUUAGGUUUAUUGGCCAUUUGCAUUUUCUACCGUAAAUUGCAUUUCCCCCCUCUUUUUUAAUUACGAAAGUGAAAAUGACUACCAUGUGAUUGUAUAAAAAUACAAAUGUAAGAAUGAAGAGAGACCCUUUUCUCUAGCAUUUACAGUCACAUUCCACUGCCCACAGUUUAGUAUACCUUCAUUUAGUCUCCAUAAUUUCCAUGUGAAUAUACAUACACAUACAGAUGUUUUUAUAUAAAUAAGAUCAUGUAUAUGUAUUGUUCUUAAGCUUGCUUUUUUUGGGGGGGUCUCAAGAACAAUUCUUUAAUGCUUGAACAAUAUUCAGUACUAUGAAAAUAACAUAUUUAACAAUUCCCAUAUUUUUUCUUUUGCUGUUACAUUGCCAAAGUAAUACAUCUCUGUGCAUGUAUGUGAAUAUUUCUUAAGGAUGGAGUAGGAAGUGGAUGUGUGCUCUCUGAUAGAAUCCUCCUUAGCCUUCCCAAAGGACGUCGUAACUUUCUUUUUCACCAACUGUAGAAAGUGCUCAUUUCCCCAUAUAGCCUUACCUACACUUGGUAGUUUUUAUCUGAUGGGCAAAAAAGAAAAAGAUCAUUUUGUAUUUCCCUGACUAAUGGUGAGGUUUAGGUUAUUUUCAUAUAUUUAUUGGCCAUUUAUAUUUUUAUCAUGGAUUGUUUGGAUCCUUUACCUGCUUUACUAUUGGGUUAUGUGUGGAUGUAUGUUGUCUUUGUUCAGCAUCUCUUUCCCCAUCUUGUGAUAACAGAAUCCUUAUUUAUUGUGGGGAACCCAUUCCCUGUGGCGUAGGUGAGUAUGUGACCAGGCUUGACCUUUCUGAGUCCCACAGCUCCUUACCCACAGUGACUAAAGAAUGGGCAUGUAACUCAAGCCAGGCUAAAGAAAGCCCUCAACAGAACUUCUGCUGGAACUUUUAGGAAGAAGGCUCAACAGAGAUCCCAUGAACAAAGGACUGUGUAAGCCUGAAUUUGUACCAUGUGGAGAGAGUCUGAGGGGAAACUCAGAGGCUAGCAGAAAAAAAAUGAGAACUAAGUUCUGAUGUCAUUUUUCUGGAGGCCCUAGAUCCAGCUGUGCCUAAAGCCUGCCCUACCUCCGGACUUUAACGUUUUGUGAGCCAAUAAAGUCCCUUUCUUGUUUAAGAUAAUUGAAUUGGGUUUCUGUCUUGAUUAAUACAGGUUAUUUGUAUUUUCUUAUUUGUAGGAAACCUUUGUAAUUUUAAAUUCUAGACACUUUAUGCGCUAUAUAGGUGAAUAAAAUUAGCAUGGCCUUCCA